AUGAGCAGUGAACUCACCGCAAACUGGCUGAAACAGAACAUCGCCCGCUAUCACAAUGCGGACAGGGUCUACACAGACGUCCUCGCUGCUCUCGACCACUACCCCUCUUUGAGGCCAAAGACAGAUGUGUACACCUUUGACGAUGGCCGCACCCAACUCCUCCUCUGCGUGCAUGGUCUACUCCCCAUUUCAUUCCGAAAUGCGUCAUACAACAUUCCUGUCGCAUUGUGGGUCCUGCUGUCCUAUCCCGCAGAGGCGCCCCUUGUCUAUGUGGUUCCGACAAGCGACAUGCUUGUGAAGCCCUCACCGCAGGUCGACCACUCAGGAAAGUGCAACAUCGACUACACAUCUCAGUGGCCUCGCAAGCCAGAGGCGUGCUCCUUGCUUGUUCUUCUCGAAGCCAUGCAGUCUUACUUUUCAAACGACCCACCGCUGUAUGCCAAAUCGCGUCCGAAGCAUCCGGCCGGACCUUCAUCCGCUGCAUCGCCUGCCCCCUCCUCGCCGUCCCCAAGCGCCGCCCAUGUCGCCGCGCCUAUGGAUCGCGGUCACGUGAGUCACACUGAUGUCUCCUUGCCCCCGCGUUUGCCGCCCAAGCCAUUUGCCCCCUCCGGACCAGCAUUGCCUGUUACACCGGGUAGCAGUACUCACGUCGUCGGAGCCGCUCCUACGUCAUCCUCUGUGCCAACGACUCCCAAUCAAUUUUCGUCUCCAUCAGCUUUGCAAACGCACGCGCCUAACCAAGCAAAUUAUGCACCUCGUGCGGUGGGUACGGAUGUCCGUGAUAGUCCCGCUCCUCCAGUACCACCUCAUCCUGCUGGAUAUUCACCUAUUCCUGGAGCGAUUCCACCGUCGGCGCCAUCCCCGGCAAUACCGCGAGGUCAGAACCAGAACUCGCAAGGUCCUCCACCGUAUGUCCCUGAACGGCCGCCCGUGCCUCCCCAUCCUCCUGUCCCACCUUCGCCGUUCACGAAUCGAGAUCAGAACCAAAUAUCAGUAACAACAGCCGUAAAUGGACAAAGUUCUGCAAUUACUGUGUCACCUCCGCCUGUUGUGCCUCGUGCAUACAGUCAACCGCUUCCCUUCCUCUCACCAUCGAGCAUUCCUGGAUCAUCUUCAACAAACUUACCAAAUAAUAGUCUAGGAUAUGUCCCCGGACCCGGUUAUCAACAAAAUCCUGCGCCUCAAGUUUCACUAGUCACCGAACCUGUCAGGCCUCCACCGUCUUUGCCACCACCCGAUCUACUGGAUGAAAAUAAUGAUUUUAAUGCAGUGCAACCAGCUCCUUCAGAUAACACCGAUGCCGCACCGCCGCCGCGUCCGCCAAAUCCACAAACGGUUGCACUGCACAAUGCGCUUCUUUCAUCCUUUCGCGACGCACUAGCGCGUCUUGCAGCAACUCAUGCCGAUGCGGUUGCGCGACAGCGGGCAGCUCAGGCAGAGCUACUUGCUGGGCCAGAGGCAAUACGAGAUGAGAGCGCUCGACUGGUUGCUGUGAGAGACGUAUGCAGCGUGGUUGGCGACCGCUGGAGCAGUCUCAUCACAGAUGGAGAGCAUGCCCUCGGCGAGAUGCGUCGCCGUGGGGAGGUUAGCGUUGAUGAAAUGGUUUGUGCGAGCAGCAUUGUUGGUAAUCAAUUGGUUAAUCUUGUCGCCGAGGAUAACGCUAUUGAAGACACGAUUUAUCACCUCCAUCGUGCCCUCAAUUCGGGCAGAAUUGACCUUGAGCGAUUCCUCCGUACAACGCGCGUACUAGCGGAAGAACAAUUCAUGAAGCGCGCAUUGGUCGAGAAGAUUCUUCGUGGUCUUCCAAUGGGUAUGGCUCUAAGAUAG